AUGGCCGCCGACUCCACUACCCAUCCUCCACACUCCCCGGACCCCACUUCGGAAGCGCGGACUGCCUUCCUUGCCUCCCUCAAAUCCGUCGGGUCCAACCUUGAUGCCGACCUCCGCUCCCGUGCCACAACCCUCCAUGAAAAUGCAUCCAUCAUCCAGAAACAAGAAGCCGAGCUGAAAAGGACGACGAAGCAGCUUGCCAAGCAGGGCAAUGAGCUGGAGAAGCUCGCCGAUCAAGGCCGUCAGGGCCUGAAGGAAGUCGGAGAUUUGCAGAACUGGGCGGAGCUGCUGGAGCGGGAUCUUCUGAUUGUCGAGGAGACCUUGAGGUUGGCGGAUGAGGAAGAUAUGAAGAAUGGGAAGAUGCCGGCACAGCAGGAUGGCCCGCAGCCGAGCCGGUUGAGGCGUUGGUUUUGA